GGUGUAUCCUGCUUGGAUAGCAAUUUGAUCUCAAGCCACCCCAUUUCAAAGAACUUUAAAUGAGAGCCGCACGCAGCUCCGCCUGCAGCCCAGAGCAGGUCUGGCCGAAUCGGUGGAGGGUGCCCUCCAGCCAUGCCCACCGUGGACGACGUCCUUGAGCAGGUGGGAGAGUUUGGUUGGUUCCAGAAGCAAGCCUUCUUGCUGUUGUGCCUGAUCUCAGCUGCCUUAGCCCCCAUCUACGUGGGCAUCGUCUUCCUGGGGUUCACCCCCGACCACCGCUGCCGGAGCCCCGGGGUGGCCGAGCUGAGCCAGCGAUGCGGCUGGAGCCUGGCAGAGGAGCUGAACUACACGGUGCCCGGCCCGGGGGACGAUGCCUUCCUGCGCCAGUGCCGGCAGUACGAGGUGGACUGGAACCAGAGCGCCCUCGACUGCGUGGACCCGCUGUCCAGCCUGGCCACCGACAGGAGCCACCUGCCGCUGGUGCCCUGUCAGCACGGCUGGGUGUACGACACGCCUGGCUCCUCCAUCGUCACCGAGUUUAACUUAGUGUGCGCGGACGCCUGGAAGGUGGACCUGUUUCAGUCCUGCGUGAACCUGGGUUUCUUCCUCGGCUCCCUGGGCGUGGGCUACGUGGCCGACAGGUUCGGUCGUAAACUCUGCCUGCUGAUGACCACGGCUGUCAUGUCCGUGUCGGGCGUGCUGAUGGCCGUGGCCCCGGACUACACCUCCAUGUUGCUUUGCCGCCUGCUGCAGGGCGUGGUCAGCAAGGGCAGCUGGGUGUCCGGCUACACCCUGAUCACAGAGUUCGUCGGCUCGGCCUACAGGAGGACGGCGGCGAUCCUGUACCAGGUGGCCUUCACCGUUGGGCUAGUGGGGCUCACCGGGGUGGCCUAUGCCAUUCCGUAUUGGCGCUGGCUCCAGCUGGCCGUGACGCUGCCCACCUUCUUCUUCCUGCUCUACUACUGGUGUCUGCCAGAAUCUCCCAGAUGGCUAUUGUCACAGAAGAAGAAUGCCCAAGCAGUAAAGAUAAUGGACCACAUUGCCCAGAAGAAUGGAAAAUUGCCUCCUGCUGACUUGAAGAUGCUCUCUGUUGAGGAAGAUGCCACCGAGAAGCGAAGCCCUUCGUUCGCAGACCUGUUCCGCACGCCGAACUUGAGGAAGCACACCCUCAUCCUGAUGUACCUGUGGUUCGCCUGUGCUGUGCUCUAUCAAGGCCUCAUCAUGCACAUGGGAGCCACCAGUGAGGACCUCUACAUGGACUUUUUCUACUCUGCUCUGGUGGAAUUCCCUGCGGCCUUCAUCAUCCUUGUCACCAUCGACCGCGUCGGCCGCAUCUACCCGAUGGCUGUGUCCUUUCUGGUGGCAGGGGUGUCCUGCCUCAUCAUGAUCUUGAUUUCGCAUGAGCUGCACUGGUUGAGUGUCACCCUCGCAUGUCUUGGCCGAAUGGGAACCACCAUUGUCUUACAGAUGGUCUGCUUGGUGAAUGCUGAGCUCUACCCUACAUUCAUCAGGAACCUCGGGGUGAUGGUGUGCUCUGCCCUGUGUGACCUGGGUGGGAUCUUCACUCCCUUCCUGGUUUUCAGGCUGAUGGAAGUUUGGCAAGCUUUGCCCCUCAUUUUGUUUGGGGUUUUGGGCCUGACUGCAGGCGCAAUGACUCUGCUGCUUCCGGAGACCAAGGGGGCCGUGUUGCCUGAGACCAUCGAAGAUGCGGAGAAUCUCGGGAGGAAAUCAAAGGCCAAAGAAAAGAUGAUUUACCGUCAGGUGCCAACUGGGAAGCUCACAGUCACAUGAGAAGGAAGAGCCGAGGCCAGGAAGAAUGGGCACUCUCUGUCUGCAGAAAUUCUCAGCAGUCUCUUCGCCUUCCUGUGCCCUUCUGCAGACCUGCCCGGCCCCAGAUUACUACCAACCCUGAAGACUUUUCUGGAUGUGUUUUGUCUUACGUCUUUUGAGUUCUGCCUGACCCUGGCUGUCUUUGAUCUAUCUAUUUAUCCAUUCUAGUGAGAGCUGCUGGCACUGCAGAACCGAAGUGUUUUGGGGAUAUGGCAGAAUUUAAAUCUUGCUGUUACAGACAGGUCUCUGUGUAUCACACUCACUCUCUGAAAGAAAGCAUCCUUGCAGUAUUUAAACCUCCAUGUUGCCAAGCAUUUCUGCCUGUGGAUCGCUUGGAGGGAGGUUGUCUUUUACACGUGGCGACCCUUCCAGUGAACUGGAUCCCAGCCGUGCUUCACGAACCUGUGAUGGGAGCAGGCCGGGGACACUGUGGCCACUUCAGGAAGGAUGUCUCUUCCACCUUUCCUUCAGGAAGGUGUUGCUCUGUCACUGUGUUCUUGGUGAGUGUUGUCGUCACAUUUAUGUUGCUGGGACCAAACACCUGGCCCAAAGCAGCAGGCAGGAGCAAAGGUUUUAUUCUGGUGUGCAGACUCCAGGGGAAGCUUUGUCUUGUCCGGGGAAUGAUGUAGAGGGUUGGCAUCAUAUCUUGCCCCAGCAGCUGGCAGAGAGCAGCAAGAGUGAGCAGAGUUGCUAGCACUGGCAAGAUGGGUUAAAAACCCACACCUCCUCCAGCAAGGCUUCGCCUCCCGAACGCCCACCAGCCGGGACCAAGUAUUCAAAACAUAUGAAAUUACAGGGGACAUCUUACACUCAAGCCACCAGUUUGUCUAGAAGGUGAACGUAGGGCUGGAGAGGUGGCUUAGCAGCUAAGGCGCUUGCCUGUGAAGCCAAAGGACCCAGGCUCGAUUCCCCAGGACCCAUGUAAGCCAUAUGCACAAGGUGGCUCAUGCGUCCGGAGUUUGUAUGCAGUAGCUGGAGGCCCUGGUGUGCCCAUUCUCUCCACCCUCCCUUUGCCUCUCUCUCUCUCUCUCAAAUAAAUAAAUAAAACAAUAUUUUAAAAUGUAUUUAUUAGUAGGUGAACUUAAAUAAAUGCCAACUGUGAGAUAUCACAGUAACUAUAUCAAGGAAUUCACCUUGGGGGCUGGAGAGAUGGCUUAGCGGUUAAGGCGUUUGCCUGCAAAGCUUAAGGAUCCUGGUUUGACUCUCCAGGACCCACGUAAGCCAGAUGCACAAGGUGGCAUAAGCAUCUGGAGUUUGCUUGCAGUGGCUACAGGCCCUGGUGCCCCCAUUCUCCCUCUGUCUCUCUAAUAAAUAAAUAAAAAUAACUCUUAAAAACUUCGCCUUGGCUUCAUGAGUGAUACACACUGGGGUGAGAAUGACCACUAUGUCCAGUGUGUGAGAGCCCGCCAGCAAGUUCCUAGUGCCGAUUGGAAGCCUGGCGGAAGGCAGGUGUUUGGUUGUACUGAAAAUGUUUCUGGCUGGUCAAGCCGAGUAGUGACCCCAGGCUUUGGGGCUGUGACACUAUGGAAGUUGUUCCUUUGAUCUACCACCUUUCCAAGCAACAGAUAGGAUGACCAGGUACAGCUCAGCCACAGGGCGCUUUCCCAGCAUGCAUGAGACUAAGUUUGAUCCCGACUAUGAAGGAGGGAGAGAAAGAGAGAGGGGUGGGAGAUACUGGAAUGGAGCAUGUGAGAGAUUGUUUGAUUACUUGAAAAUGUAAAGCUUGGCCUUUAGCCACAGAACAAAAUAAAAAUGGUGAAUGUUUUCAUUCUGAAUUCUGGAUUCACACAUCAACCCAGUGCUUUGUUUCAGCCUGUCUGUAGAAAUGCCUGUACCCCAGUCUGACCUCACCAAUGAUACUCUACUGGAAUAAAUAUGGAAAUUACA